CAGCUCCCAUCUCUCCCCCGCCUGGCCCAUCGCACUCCCAACCACCCUCUUUACCCAAAGGCUCGAGCCGACAGCACACGCGCCCGCACUCACGGCCGUUGAGAACGGGAGAGACACAGGAGCAGUGACACCCCAAAACACAGGAGAAAAAAAAAAAUCAUCGCGAACACCGCCUAGAAACGGGGAGAAGAGAGAGAGAGAAGCGAGGCUAAGGAUUCGAUCCCCGCCAUGGACGCCGCCGACGCGUGGGGCCGCUCGUCCUCCUCCUCCUCCGCCGCCGCCGCCGCCGCCGCCAGGCGCCUGCAGUCGCGCUACGAUCUGUACAUGGGGUUCGACGACGCGGACGCGGGCGCCGGGGAGGCGCUGGACCCACGCGGCGGGGCCGAGCCCUACAACUGCCCCUUCUGCGGCGAGGACUUCGACUUCGUCAGCCUCUGCUGCCACAUCGACGACGAGCACGCCGUCGAGGCCAAGAGUGGGGUAUGCCCAAUCUGUGCUUCAAGGGUUGGUAUGGACUUAAUAGGACACUUGACAAUGCAGCAUGGAAGUUACUUCAAGAUGCAACGCAGGCGCAGAGUCCGAAAGUUAUCUUCAGGGUCCCAUUCUUUGCUAUCUUUGUUGAGAAAGGACUGGAGAGGUGGCAGCUUGCAGUCAUUUCUCGAUGGAUCAUCCUAUGUAUCCAAUCCUCCUGCUGCAGCUCCAGAUCCAUUUUUUUCAUCUUUAAUUUGUAGUUUGCCUGUGGCUGAACCAUCCAAAGAUUUACAUUCCGACUCAUCUGACAAUAACUUUUUGCUAAAUAAAUUCCCAGAUGAAAAGACUGUAGAGAGGUAUGUCACCUCAAGCUUGUUCUUUCUGCCGCCUCACUCAGCUCCCUCUUUGUCACGAUACCAUUGUAUCUGAGCUGGACCAUCUCUCUCUGAGAAGGAUCAGAAGGAGAGGGCUCAAAGGAGCAACUUUGUCCGUGGACUUGUGCUCUCGACUAUAUUUGAUGAUGAUAACUUGUAAAGGGGAUGAUUCAGUCAAGGAACACAAGGAGAAUUAUCUGCACUUUUGCAACCUUGUUCGUGCUGCUGCUGCUGCUCGCAGACCUUCAUGGCAAACCAAGAGGUCCAUCAAGUUUAUGUAUGUACGUAUGGCACAUGUAUUGCAUGUAUGUACCAAGUUUAUGUAUGUACGUAUGGCACAUGUAUUGCAUGUAUGUAUGUUUAUCUCCCUGCAUUUGCCCAUAGUGCAACAGGAGAGUAGGGGAGGAAGGUCUUGUAUUCAAAAUUUCCACGUCAAAUAAAUCAGGACACUCUGUCCUUGAAGUGGAAUUGUGCAUAUACGCAGAGGAGCUGCUCGCCAUGUUUUAGGACAUUCUAUUUAAUCGUUGUAAUAAUAUGCAGUGUUUUAUAUACUUGUGUCACAACGCGCAUGCCAUUCGAAUGUGAAACUGCUUUCUUGUAAUAA